AUGGUGAAGGAAACCAAAUUCUACGAUAUUCUUGAGGUUAAACCAGAUGCAACUACAGCUGAAAUUAAGAAAAGCUAUAAGAAAUUGGCUUUAAGGUACCAUCCGGAUAAAAAUAAUAAUGAUGACGGCGAGAAGUUUAAAGAAAUCUCUCAGGCCUUCGAAGUACUCUCUGACCCUAAAAAACGGGAUAUAUAUGACCAAGGUGGUGAACAGGCUUUAAAGGAAGGCGGAGGUGGAGAUUUCAAUUUCCACAAUCCGUUCGACAUUUUCGAUAUGUUCUUUGGUGGCGGUGGUGGUGGUAUGCAUCGUAACCGGGGACCACCUCGCGGACGCGAUACUGUGCAUCCACUGACAGUCACUUUGGAAGAGCUCUACAAGGGCUCAACUAGGAAAAUAAAUGUUACCAGAAAUGUUAUCUGUCCCAAAUGCGAUGGUCUUGGUGGAAAGCCUGGUAGUGCUAAAACUUGCAGCGUUUGUAACGGUGCGGGCUAUAAAAUGAAACUGCGUCAAAUCGCUCCGGGCGUUGUUCAACAGUCUCACUCUGUUUGUCCUGAGUGUCAUGGCUCAAAAGAAGUUAUCCCCGCUAAGGAUCGCUGUCCGACUUGUUCUGGAAAUAAGGUCAUCAGAAAAAAGAAGACGCUCGAUGUUGAAAUAGAUAAGGGCAUGAUGGAUAAUCAAAAUAUACGUUUUGCUGGUGAAGGUGACGUUGAACCAGGAAUUGAACCUGGCGAUAUCAUUUUCAGUCUCGAUGAACAGCCCCAUGAGCAUUUUCAACGGCGGAAAAUGGAUCUUAUUUAUCAAAUGAGUAUUACUGUUGGUGAAGCUCUUACUGGAUUUCGACAUGUUAUCAAGACUCUUGACGACAGACAAUUGAUUGUAGAAUCUAAACCAGGAGAAGUCAUUAAGCCCGAUGAUCUUCGAGUCAUUUCCAACGAGGGAAUGCCAAGGUAUAGGAACCCAUUCGAGAAAGGUCGUCUGAUUAUCAAAUUCAAUGUCGUAUUUCCUCCUUCUCUUGAUUCUGUCACUGUUGAAAAGUUGCGAGGCGUGCUCCCGCUAUCUAACACUGAACCUAUUGGACCUGAAGCCUGUGAAGUUGAACUCCUACCAUAUGAGGAGUCAAACGCAUACCACAAUGAACACCAUGAGGCUUACAUGGAAGAGGAUGCCGAUGGACCCCAACGAGUGCAUUGUGGAGCUGCGUAA